AUGUUGACUCUUCUCUGUUUUGUGUUGCUUUUUCUGCAAAUCGUUGCCUCUGACAAUGGCUGUCCAACUGACUAUUCCUAUUCGAGCGACUUCAACAAAUGCAUCAAGUUUUUCGAUGUUCCAGCUACCCAAUGGGAUGCCAACAUGUUGUACUGCAAACCGAGUGGUGGAUCUCUUUUAUCAAUCCAUAACUCCUUCGAAAACUCGUUCGUCUUCGAUUUACAACAAACUAUCGGUGUGGCACGCAGUUGGAUUGGGGCUACGAAACCGCCAGGCAAUAACUGGAUUUGGUUCGAUGGAACAAACUUCAACUACAUGUACGGAUUACUGGAUAUUCCGUCACCCGAUGAUCAAGCCAAGGGCGCGUACAUCGAUUUGGCCGAACGAAAGUGGAAAGUGGCAGAUUGGUCGAUGAAAUUGCCCUUUUUCUGCGCGGCUACCCCAACGACUCCUCCAAAUGCCAAAUCUAAAGCCAGUGCCGGCUCUUCGAUCAACAAUCUGAAUCGUGCGAUUCGCGUCAGUUCAAAGAUCGGUGUU